AUGGACAACAACUACGAAUACGACAAGAUUGACCUGGAUGGACCCGCGUUUCGACUUGUGCGGCUUCAUCAAGGAGACUGCGGCGACCUCAGUUGCGACCUCUUUCAAGCAGUCCUGCACCAACGCGAUGAGAUAAUACCAUAUGAAGCGCUUUCUUACACAUGGGGGCCGACAGGAGGCCACCACAGCCUCGUUGUCAAUGACCGGAAAAUGAGCAUCACUGCAAAUUUAUACCUGGCUCUCAAGAGCCUCCGUUAUCCGCACAGCGACCGAAUACUCUGGAUCGAUGCAGUUUGUAUUAAUCAGAGUAAUGUGAAAGAGAGGAACCACCAGGUUGCGCAGAUGAGCCAUAUUUAUAAACAAGCCAGCCGCGUCAUUUUUUUUCUGGGCAAUGCAACAUUUACAACCGAUGCAUUCAUGCUUUUUAUGCAGCUUCGCUGGAGGAAAAUCUGGGCAGUGGCCCAUGAGAAGACACAAGCAUUGGACGAUGUGCCACGUCAAGGACUCAAAAGCCUUCUCAGUCGUCCUUGGUUUCGCAGGGUCUGGAUCUUGCAGGAAGUGGCCAACGCCAAGUCUGCCAUUGUAUGUUGCGGGAAUUUUGCAAUAGCGGCAAAUAUUUUUGCCAUUGCGCCCAUCAUCUUUGGUAUUGAUCCAAGCGUGCACUGCCAAUCCGUCAUCGACAUUAUGCCUGGUCCUUGGAGGUAG